AUAAUGUCGACUUUCUUUGCCACAGGUGAGAGAAAUAUUAGGAAAUUUUAUUGGUCAUAACUUGGCAGUCGCAUGAUUUUUUAAUUAUUUCCAUCAACGAAGAUCAUCAAUUCUGGCUUCUUUUUUGACAAGGAUAAACAUUCAACUUCAACCCUACAAUUUUUAACUACUAAACGUUGUUGUGUUGCUAUGCUAUCAUUGCUGAUUAGAACAUCUGCUAGCUGCUAGAACUUUUUGUGCAUAAAAAUUAUGGUUGACUACUACGGGGUUUUGGAACUAAGUCGAACUGCUACUACACAGGAAGUCAAACAAGCCUACAGAAGACUUGCAUUAAAAUGGCAUCCUGAUAAGAACUUAGAUCGAAAGGAAGAAGCUGAAAGAAAAUUUAAAGAAAUAAAUGAAGCUUACGAGGUGUUAUCAGAUGAGAAGAAACGUAAAAUAUAUGACCAAUAUGGUAAAGAAGGUUUGGAUGGAGGUGCUAAGAGAAUGAGGCGGCAUUAUCAUGGACGAGGAGCAGAUUCCAUGUUUGAUGACUUCUCUCCAUUUUUUGAAUUUUCAUUCCGUAAUCCUGAAGAUGUUUUCAGAGAAUUCUUUGGUGGUGACCCAUUUGCUGAUUUUUUCUCUUCUCAUACUGAUAACAGAAGAAAUCAAAAUGGGACUAGUGGUGGUCUACGUACUCGUGAUCCAUUCCAAAGUUUGGGAUUUGGAUUUAACGCCUUCCCACAGCUGUUUGGCAACGAUUUUCAAUCAGGCUUUCCAGAUUUUACUAACACCUUUAACGCCACUGUCUCAACUGCGGGAAGCGCACCUAGUGUAGGAGUUCGAAAAACCACAACUUCUACAAGAUUUGUAAAUGGCAAAAAAAUAGAAACUAAAAAAGUCUUAGCUAAUGGUGUUGAAACAGUAACAGUUCAUGAAGAUGGAGUGUUGAAAUCAAGGACUGUAAAUGGUGUAGCCCAACAACUGCAGGCAAUACGUUAAUGCUUAAGCAAUUAUGCUAAUUUUAAGGAGAUAAAAAAAACUGUGUUGUUAAUUUGAGUCAUUUUUGAGCAAAAUUGAAUUGAUUGCUCCGAAGUUCUGCUGCCAUUUGGGAAAAUUACUCUUAAUGUCAUGUAUAUAUACUAAUUGUAAUAUUUAUGCUUACUUGAAGGCUGUAAAAAUUCCUUUCAAAGACGAGUGUAAAUGCAUUUGUUUUACUCUUUGCUGAGUGUGUGAGUGAAAGAUAUUUGCAAUUGAUAUUUAUUUUACCUAUUGUGGACUGCCGCAUGAUGCCGAUUUUCCUCUUGUACUUAAAAUUGUUCAAUAGUCAUGUUCUGCAUUUUCUGUAUGAUCUGAGAUUCUUUCUAUGUUUAAAUCGUCUGUAUCUGUUCAAUUUGGUCAGUGUUUACUCUGCUGAAAUAGUUGCUUUUUUUUCAACAUCUUUUUUUCUUUUAUUCAUGUCCUUCUUUUUAAAAUGUGUAAAACUCCUAGGUAAUUUUGAAAUGAAUAUGAUGUGUGUUAUAAAAUAUGAAACUCAAAAGGCUUUAGCUACUAUGAAUAUAAGCUGUGAAAACAGUAAUAGCAUUUUUCCCACUUGAAGUACAAUUAAUGGGGCUGGUAUAUCAUCCACCAUUCCAUUUAAAUACCAGUGUAGUUUUAUUGUUUGAAAACUGUUUUUGCUUUAGUAAACUAAUGUGAUUAUGUAAACCUUUUAGACUAAAUAGUUAACUUAUUUGUAUCACUGACCAAAGGCGUAAAUUAAUAUGUAUAUUAGUAAAACUAUUAAAAGGUUUGAACUGAAAUUUACUAAAGAAAUAGUCAUUUGAGAUUAAAGAUUUGAACAACAGUUUAACUAUAAUCACUAACACAGCCAGAAUUUACUUUUUUUGAGAGGGUGGGCAAGUCAUAAGUCCUUACAUGUGUAUAAAGUACUAUACUAGGAUUGGAAACAUGCCUUAAAACUAAGAGUUCAGAGAGGUUUUGACACCCAUCCUCCUUGCUGUCCUGGCUGUAAUAAAACUGAAAUUUUUGAAAAGUAUAGAAUAUAUUUGAGUAGACUUAAUUUUAAUAUCUCUUAAAUAUGACAAACCUUGUGAACAAAAGUUUUUAUAGAUUUAAAAUUGCAUUUUAAUGUGCAUUAAUAAUAAUCAAGGGCACAAAUUCAAAAAUAUAGUUUGUACUUAAAAUUGCAGUUUCAAAAUUUUAGUUGAGAUGCUCUUUUAUGAAUUAAUAAUUGUAUACUGUUUUGUUUUGUCAUUCAUUACUACACAGUAAAUGUUUAGUGCACAUUGCUUCUGUAUAUAUGUGUUCUUGUAUGUAUUAUAUUUGAGUUUUGUGCUUCUUGUGAACACUAUUCCAUGCAAAGAACUGAACUGGCAGGCAUGCUGUUUAUCAGUGUUAGAUUAUUUGUUCAUGCUGGAGUAAAAACUGAUUACUAAUA